AUGGCUUCCUACCUACUCAAGUGCGCCGAAAUAUAUUUUGAACUACUUCCUAUAGAUGUAAGGAAACUAGCUUACCAUUGCCGUGUGCAGCUUAAUGCUAAAAACAUUCCUCCUCCUUGGCAUCAAAAUAACAUGGCUGGUACUGACUGGUUCCAAAAUUUUAUGCCCAGAAAUCCACAGUUAUCUUUAAGGAUACCAGAAGCGACGUCUUUAAGUCGAGCGACGUCGUUCAAUAAGACUAACGUUAAUUCAUUCUUUCCAAUAUAUCAACGACUUCUCCAAAAAUAUCAGUUUAAUGCUUCUCGGAUAUGGAACAUUGAUGAAACAGGGGUCACAGUGGUUCAAAACUCUAAUAAAAUAGUAGCUGCUCGUGGCCAAAAGCAAAUGGGAGCUAUCACAUCGGCUGAGAGGGGAACUCUUGUAACACUUACUAGUGGCUCUAACGAUGCAGGUAAUUUUAUCCCACCGACGUUCAUUGUUCCCAGGCUCAAAUAUUCUGAAAUGUUUAUUCGUGCUGGACCUCCAGAUUGCAUUGGAGCUGGUAAUUGCUCUCGAUGGAUGACCAAAAAAGAAUUUAUAAUUUUUGUGGAUCAUUUUAUCAAACACACAAAACCCAUCAAGGAAGAGCCAGUUCUGUUGCUACUUGAUAACCAUAGCUCACACGUGAAUAUUGGAGUUGUUGAAAAAGCCAAAGAAAAUAAUGUCAUCAUGUUAUCGUUUCCCCCACACUGCUCCCACAAUUUGCAACCUUUAGACGUAGGAGUGUACGGUCCUUUUAAAAAUUACAUAAAUACGGCACAGACAGCAUGGAUGCACAACAAUCCGGGGGAAACGAUGACAAUAUAUGACAUCCCAGGUAUUGUGAAUGAGUCGUUACCGCUUGCCUUAAACCUUGCUAAUAUUAUGAGUGGAUUUAAAGCUUCUGGUGUAUGGCCUUUGAAUGCUGAUAUUUUCCAAGACUCCAACUUUGUGCCAUCUUAUGUUACUGAUCGUCCAGAUCCUACACAAGAGCCAGAUUUCGUAAAUGUCACAGAAAAUUUAUCAUUGAAUCUUGAAAAUCCAGAAUUAUUAGAUUCUGCCCCUGAAUUAGAUAUCAGCACCACGGAAAUUAUAAGCCAAAUCGAAACUGCAAACGAACCAACUCCGAGUUGCUCCAGUCAACAAAAAGCUUUUUCGCCAUGGAAGAUUGGACCUCUACCAAAGGCGCCACCAAGAAAAACUAAUACAAAUAGCAGACGCAAAAGAAAAUCUACAGUAUUGACAAAAGGAUUAUGA